AUGGGAAUUCAGAAACCGGCAUGGUUGGAUGCGCUUUACGCAGAGAAGUUCUUCGUGGGAUGUCCUUACCAUGAGACGGCAAAGAAGAAUGAGAAGAACGUGUGUUGUCUUGAUUGUUGCAUAAGUCUUUGCCCUCACUGUGUUCCCUCACAUAGAUUUCACAGACUCCUCCAGGUUCGCCGUUAUGUGUAUCACGAGGUUGUUCGGCUUGAAGAUCUUCAAAAAGUCAUCGACUGCUCUAACGUUCAAGCUUAUACAAUAAACAGUGCAAAAGUAGUGUUCAUCAAGAAGAGACCGCAAAAUAGACAAUUCAAAGGAGCUGGGAACUAUUGCACUUCUUGUGACCGAAGUCUUCAAGAACCUUUUAUCCAUUGCUCCUUGGGUUGUAAGGUGGACUUCGUGAUGAAACGUUACAGGGACAUAACCCCGUUCAUAAAGCCAUGUCACACUCUAACCCUAGGUCCUGACUACAUCAUCCCACAAGACUUACUCGGAGAUGAUGACAUGGCUGCCUACGAGACUCCCCGAUCUACGGUAGUCGACGGUGAUGAGUCCAUGAGCUGGUCGUCGGCUUCUUCCGAUAACUACAACGCCGGUGCGGCUGCGUACGCCGCCACAACCACCCACGUCGUGAGGAAAAAGCGGACCGGUUUCUGCCACUGCGCCAAAUCGGCUAAUAGUUAUAAAGUAGUUUCGGAGGAUCCUGACGAUAUGUCCACUUGCAUCAAUCGACGCAAAGGCAUUCCUCAACGGUCUCCUCUUUGUUAA